CUCCUGUCCUCCCCCGGAGGCAGACAAGGGCCCUCUUAGAGUGCAUGGAACUACGCGCGGGGCGGGGCGGGGACCAGCGCGCCAGCAGUGGGGCGGGCUCCACAGUCGGGCUUAGGGACUGUAGCGACACGAAGGCGCCACCGGCCUCGUCGCCAGCCGCCCUCGCAACCGCCCGGAAGACAGGUAUUCAAAGCAAACCGGAGAGCACCCGCUCAGGCGCGGGAGUCAGGAAGGAGCGGCUAUCACCCGGUGUUCCUCGGCGGCAGGUGCCCAAGCCUCGCGUCAGCACCAUGGACAGCGCCCGCGAACAGCUUCAGGGACGCUUGGACGCCGCGGGCUUCUGGCAGGUCUGGCAGCGCUUUGACGGAGAUGAGAAAGGUUACAUAGAAGAGAAGGAGCUUGAUGCUUUCUUUCACCACGUCUUGACGACACUGGGUACUGAUGCGUCGGUGGUAGAAGAAAAUGUGCGGAGACUGAAACAGCGAAUUAUGGUUCCCCAGGACGUCUCUAGAGCUGGUUGCGUACAAAUGAAAGAGGAAACCCCCUUGGACAGCAGCGUGGAGUUUAUGCAGAUUUGGCGCAAAUAUGAUGCUGACAGCAGUGGCUUUAUAUCAGCUGUUGAGCUGCGGAACUUCCUCCGAGACCUCUUCCUCCACCACAAAAAGGCCGUCCCUGAGGCUAAGCUGGACGAAUACACCGGCACCAUGAUGAAGAUCUUUGACAAAAACAAGGAUGGCCGGUUGGAUCUUAAUGACUUGGCAAGGAUUCUGGCUCUUCAGGAAAACUUCCUUCUCCAAUUUAAGAUGGAUGCUUGUUCCACUGAGGAAAGAAAGAGGGACUUUGAGAAAAUCUUUGCCCACUAUGACGUUAGUAAAACUGGAGCUCUGGAAGGCCCGGAAGUGGACGGGUUUGUCAAAGACAUGAUGGAGCUGGUCCAGAUUCGAAUCACCUCCAUGGGAAACCAGAGGAUCCCCCUCGCUCUUGUCCUUGCCCUUCUAUUUCUGGUGCAACAAAACGGUUCGUCUUGUCCCAGCAUCAGUGGAGCGGACCUCGAUAAGUUCCGGGAGAUUCUUCUGCGCCACUGUGAUGUGAACAAGGAUGGAAAAAUUCAGAAGUCCGAGCUCGCGUUGUGUCUUGGGCUGAAAAUCAACCCAUAAGCCCCGAAUGCUUUGUCUUUUGCUCUUAGGAUGUUUCUGAGCUCCUGCUGGGAAAAUUGUAUCUGUGCUUUGCUGUUGGGGACACCGGGGCAAGCUUUGUAACAAAUGGUGUGGUGUUUUAGGGCAAGGGGGGGGGGUCCUAGGGCCUUCUUUCUAAGGCCAUGGUGUUCUCCUGCCUCACUGAGAGCCCCCUGCAGUGUCUGUGUUAUUCCCGCCCCCCCCCCCAACCCGGGCUUUCCUGUCCCCCCAGAGAGUCAGCUAACCACCUGCUUAAUCCGCUCCUGCGUGGCCUCCCUCAGGCCCCAGGGGCUCAGGGGAGGCGGAGUCCAUCCACCUGUGCUCCCCUUGUGGGCUUUCUGAGUGGUGAGUGGCGUCUCUGUUGGUCCUGUGAUUUUCUACAAAUCAGUUCUGUCGUGGAAAUAAACCUGUAGCUGGAAACAAA